UCAUCUUUUGUUGAAAUGUCAGAAAAGCAGCAGAUUGAUAAAAAGGAUCUUGAGAGGAUUUAUAAAUAUUUGGCUUAUAAAACAAUUCAAAUUAUAGUACAAUCAAGGCUGGGUGAAAGAAUAAAUACUUAUUCUAAACCCUUUUCAGGUGGUCAAGAAUGGUUCAAUAUUUCUAUCCUUAACCUGCCCGAUGUGAACGAACAAAUCAAACGUAACUUAUUGAUAGAUAGUUCACCUCAUUGCUGGGAAAAGCACAAAGAAAACGAAAGAGUUUCUAUGUCCACGUGUCAUGCGUCAACAUUUGACAGUAUAAGUACAACCCUCACAGACCCCACCGAUGUUCAUUCGUCUUCCACGGCCCAUUAUCCCCGAGAGGUGUGUUUAGAGAUCAGCCUCAAGACCGUUGACUGUGAGGCCAUGGUCUUAGAACUUUGGAAUCUUACCCUAGAUUUGGGACCUAUGUUCGCUCAAGUCCCUACCCCUAACACCCCAACCACGCCUAUUCACACUUCUCAAUCUAUGGGAGGCGUCCGCGUCCUUUACGACCGGAUGGGAUCAACACUUAAAUCGCUUAUAACUCUGACACGCGUGCUCCCGGCUUACCGCGUCUCUCGUCACCAAUGCUCGCCCGACUCGAGUUUCGCCAUAUGUUACCGCUUCAUCCCCGUUACCAGUGCUUCCCCGCAGACUUCUCAUAAUCUCUCUCCCUCUCAUCCUUUGGGUGAUUCACUUUUAAGCCCUCCUCCAUUGGUAGCUUUGUCCGAUCCCCUGGAACUCUCCCUAGGUUCCGCCCGGGCUUCGAUCCAGGUCGGGUGUAUUCAAGUUCCCGGAAUCGGAUGUGUUACCCUUACGGUUGACUAUCGCACCGACUACACAUUUUCGGCCACACGUAGGCCCGCCACUCCAGCUCAAAUACCCUAUUUGAUACCCCAAACCCUGGUUAGUGGGUCGCCUGUCCGACCAAAAAAAAUGGAGAAAGGGAUUGGCAAAAAUGACAUGCUUGCGACAGAGAGGGUAGAAAGAAAAGAACCUACUUCUGAUGAGACAAAUAACGCGAGGACAGCAAACCGACCAGAGAAAGAGGAUGGAAUUGGGAACGAUUAUUGGGAUAAUGGUUACGGAGAUACGAAUUUGUUUGGAGGCGUCGACGAUUCUAUCAUACAAGCCAUGUUCGAACCUAAGCAUUACAAAGUUCCGGCCUUCGCCUCGCCUGAACUUUAUCUUGAGACAUACCAGGCCAAUUAUUCACCGGAUAUAAUCAUCGAUAUGGCCAAAUUGAACGUCGCGCCCUCACCCCCCAAAUCACCCGCGUUCUCCGACCAAUCUAAAGAGGACGUAAAUUUAUCAGCACCCAUAUCCAAAUCUUCCACUAAAAUUUAUGUUUCGGAUGGCGUCAAUAACUUACGGAAUAUAAACUCAAAUUACGAUGGCAUCAAAAAUUUCGAGAAUACGCUUAAGCCUCUUAAUUCUACAAAUCUUGAAGAUUUUAUAUUGAUUAAUCAUCCAUUGAACCUACCGUUUGGCUCGCUAGAACCCAGUUCUGAACCCCUGGCAUUUUAUCACGAAAUCCAAAGGGUUCCCCCCGUUCUCCGGAUUUUCAGUCAUCACUUAAACCAAGAGUUCGAACCUACCUUGCCUCGAACCCUUAAUUCGGGCCCCGGUAAAAUUAACGACGAAAUGAAAACUCAAGCCACAAACACUGACUCGCCUCAAAAUGGUCCCAAGCUAGAAUUGGAUCAAAUCAUAGUGGGUUUGAACGAUCAUUUAACCGUUCUUCGGGGUAAGAUGGUUCAAUUCGACGAAUUAGCCGGCCAAUUGAUCCAAGAUUCAACCGAGAUUUCGUCCGAUUUAUCGCCAUUUACUAUGGGAACCGAGAGUUCUAGAAAAGAUUAUAGAACGGCAGCCUUUCAAACUUCAUGAUCCCCCUUUUAUUAUUUUUAGAUUUUUUAACAUUUUUGUAGACCCUUAGAAAAAGAUAGUUUUAACUAAAAUCUAGGCAUUUGUUUAUUUAAAAAGACGAUUAUGUUAUAAUUUAACAAAAAAUAAAUAAAUUUACUUUAAAUCAUUUCAUAAAGAAUAUUUAAUUAAACAUAUUUAUUCAACUUUGUAGUCACCAUCAUUCAUAAAUAGGCUAUUUUUGAGAUAUAUCAGCCCAAUAUUUGUUUUUUUAAACAUUUUUAUAUUUAUAUAAUAAAAUUUUAAUUAGAACCUGUUAUAAAUAUUGUUUUUUUUAAAAAUAUAUAUGUAUAUUAUGUUAUGUGAAACCUUAAUAAUGUUUAAAUAUUUUUAAUAUUAAAUGUAUUACUUGUAAUUUUUAUUAUUUAUUAUUAAUAAUUUAUAAAAAGAAGAAAAAUAUACAAAUGAAAUAAACGAUAAAUAUUCAUUAAAUAAUUUAUUUAGUUCUCUAUUUUAUAAUUGGGAUAAACCAGAGAACUUGAAACCUUCCGAUCCACGAAAAAAACUAGGAACUGGAAGUAUAACCUAGAACUCUCUUAUAAUUUAUAUGAAUCAAGCGAUUUUGAAAAUUCUAGUAGCCGAUUCCCUAAAGAGGGUUUAUUUAUUUCGAUUUUUUUUGACAUUUUUCUUAAUGCAUUGGGCUGCCACUUAGUAUCACUUAUUUUAAAAAUACUUUCUAUUGUCGAACCCCAAAAGGUAUCCGUCUUACAGUCCAGGAACUUAGAAUGCCAUAAAGAUGCAUUAUUUAUUGUUGUAAUUGUUAAACCAAAUUACGAAGCCGAAAGAUAUUCAAAUCUACUCAAGAAAAAAGAAUUAAAUUUCGAAUGCAAAUGAUUUAAAGAAAGAU